UGUCCCGACACUCCCGCGUCAUGAAGGUCUUGCUGCUCGUCGCUCUGGGUCUGGCCGCCCUGGCCGCCGCCCGACCCUCUGACAUCAUCGACAUCGAGGAGGACCACAUGGAGCACGAGCAGGAGGGCAUUCCAGGAACGGCCGUGGAGGGCGAGUACUCGUGGGUAGCGCCCGACGGCAACGAAUACGUCGUCAAGUACGUCGCCGACCACAACGGGUACCGCGUGGUCGAGGACAACGUUGUUCCCAAAGUUCGCAGCGACUUGCCUGAAGCUGAAGAGGACGAAGAGGCGGAGGAGGACGAGGAGGACGUCCCUGCGGUCAGAGCUGCUGCCGAGCUCGAGGAGGACGAAGGGGACGAGGAGGAAGCCGAGGAGGAGGAAGAGGAUUAGAUAUGUUCGAAAAUAACAACAAUAACAAAAACGUAUCUAGUUCUUAAGUUCGAUAUAUGAGAGAGUUAUAUUUCUUCCGUCGAGGAACGAUACGUACAAAGAGAGAGAAAGACCAAGAAAAAUAAUAGUAAUUUCAUUUCAUAAAAUGAGAACCAUUAAAAAAUCGUAUAUAGAGGCUAUUUGUGUGUAUAUCAAAGGAAAGAUAAAUAUUUUCAGAAAUUAUUACGAAGCGAUUGCAAAAUGUCCGAAUAACAUACGUACAAGUUAUAAGCUUUAUAAUGAGUGAUAAUCAGUACUUAUGGUAUAGAUGUCACUACUAAUAAAAAUGUGUAUUUA